CAUUAUCUAGGAUCCAAACUUUUAAAAGUUGCAGGUUUUACUUCCGAAAACAUGUGAAGAGUUACUUUAGGUGACAUUGGGGUAAAUGUGAUUAUUUGGGGCAUCCUUGUUUUUCUUCUUUUUGCAGUGAAGAGUUACUUUAGGUUUAGAGGAAUCUCGUUUAAUCCAUAGUCAUAUAUCUAUUCUUUAUUGAACAUCUGUACAGAGGUUUGUUUGUCUUGCUUGUUCUUGCAACAUGCUGUUGGGAGUCCAUCUUCUCUAAUUAAGAGUAUUCAGUGCUGAAUAUGACAGAUUUCCUUGCUUGCUCUUUCAUUUUGGAGUUUCCAUUUUGCAAGCAUCUGUGCAUUUGGACUACUCGCAUAUGUUGGCUAUAUUCUUUAUGCCUUCCCUUCCAUGUAUCACUUGCACCGGUUAAAUGGAAUGGUUCUUGUUUUCAUUCUCUUCUGGGCUGUUAGCACAUACAUCUUCAAUGUAGCCUUCACGGUCCUUAACAAGAAACUGCAGAAGGACAUGGAGAUCUGGGAAACUAUUGGCUUGUGGCAUUAUCCUAUCCCAGGACUUUAUCUUCUUGCACAAUUUUGUCUUGGUGUUCUUGUUGCAUUGGGUAAUCUUGUAAACAACUCUGUUUUCCUCCACAUGUCUGAUGGAGAUGGACGGGUUUCAAGUGAUGAUUCUACUGUUCAAGGUGAGAAACAGUCCAGCCAAAAUGAAGAUGACAUGACUCAAGUUUAUCUCUUCAAGACAAUCAAACUUGCUCCUGGAAAACUCCUACAAUUAAAUUGCCAAGACAAGCCUGGUCUUAUUAACUAUGCUAAUUCAGGGAAUUUCUUGAAGAUUGCUGUGCUUGCAUGCUUCUGCUCUAUUCAUAAUCAUGGGUUUGAAAUGUUAUUCUCAUUUUCAGCAAUUGUGCAGCGCACUCCUCACCCUCCAAUUGGGUUUAGCAUCUUGAGAGCUGGUUUGCUCAAAUCUGUUUUAUUGUCAGUUUAUACUUCAACAUCCAGAAGGAGGCUGGAAAUCAACUCCUCUCGUGAGAGAAGGAUAGUAUCAUAUCUUAGUGCAACAGGAGAUAAGUUUCUUUCAAUGUAUCGGUCAUGUGGAACUUACAUUGCUUUCAUAACAAUUCUGCUGACAGUAUACCGAGUAAAACCUAAUUAUACUUCGUUUGGUUAUCUAUUCUUCCUUCUACUGUGGAUGAUGGGAAGACAACUGGUGGGAAAGACAAGAAGGCCCCUUUGGUUACCCUUAAAAGUUUAUGCUAUUGCAGUUUUUAUUUUCAUUUAUGGACUAUGUAUUUUCUCUAGUUUCCGGACUUGGCUGUCAAGAAUUGUUGAUCUUUAUUCUGCCUUUGGUUAUGACCCGGAAGCCUCAAUGUUGAAAAAUGUUUGGGAAUCCUCAGCUGUAUUAGUGGUGAUGCAGUUAUAUAACUAUGAGAGGAGACAGAGCAAACUCUGCAGACAAAGAAGUGCUGAAGUUCCGCGAGUUGGCUCUUUUACUUUUCUUAAGCGUCUCUUAAUUUUGCACAGUGAGAAGAUACUGUUUCUAGCUUUAUUUUAUGCAUCUUUAUCCCCAAUCAGUGCACUUGGUUUUUUCUAUACUCUUGGACUGAUCUUUUGUUCAACUUUGCCCAAAACUUCUCAAAUCCCUUCCAAGCUGUUUCUAGUUUAUUCUGGAUUACUUGUGAUGGUUGAAUAUCUAUUCCAGAUGUGGGGUCACCAGGCAGAGAUGUUCCCAGGUGAAAAGUACUCCUAUUUUGCAUGUUUUCUGGGCUUGCAUCCGUAUAAACCUGGAUUCUUGGGAGUAGAAUCAGGAUUGAGGGGAAAAGUAUUGGUUAUUGGAGCUUGUAUUCUGCAGUACAAUGUCUUCCGUUGGUUGGAAAACAUGCCUGUUGAUUGUGAAAGUGAAGGAAAAUGGAGGGAACCUUGCUCCUUGUUUGGCUCUGCAGAAGUCCAAAAUGAAGCUGCCACAUUGAGUGGAGGAAGCAAACAUAUACAUGUCAAUCCCUUGUUGGGUAAAAAGAAAGAAAGAACAAGCCACUCAUAUCCAUCUAUAAACACUUGUGUUUCUCAAGAUCAAGAUCCUAUAUUCUUUCAUGUUGGAGGCUCUGGAGGUAGUACUUGCAGAAUCCAUUCAUAUAAGGAUUUUGGGGAAUGCUCCAAAGAUGGUUAUAAAUGUAACAAAAAGCAAAUUGUUGUGUUGAGGAAAGAGAGGCUUCAAAUGCAGAAGGCUAUUCUGAAAAUAUAUAUGAAAUUCUGGGCAGAGAAUAUGUUUAAUCUCUUUGGCCUUGAGAUUAAUAUGGUUGCAUUGCUUCUUGCCAGCUUCGCAGUGCUAAAUGCCAUCUCAUUGCUCUACAUUGCAGCACUUUCUGCAUGAAUCCUGGUUGAUGAUCCAAGAAUACUUAUCAGCUAUUAUGUGGUUUUUAUGCUUUCAUGUUUCAAACUUCGUGCUGACCACUUGUCCAGUCUCUCGGGGUCACAAACAUAUGAAGAAAUGAUGUCUCAGUCUAAUGAUGCAUCUGUUCUGUGUGAUCUUUCAUUUGAAACCAAACGCUUGUGGACUAUUUUUGACUACUUGAGGCUUUAUACAUACUGUCACCUGCUGAAUCUUGUACUUGCUUUGAUUUUGAUCACAGGAACUCUCGAGUAUGACAUUCUUCACCUGGGUUACCUUGGAUUAUCUCUAGUAUUCUUCCGAAUGAGGCGUGGAAUACUAAAGAAGAAAAACAAAAUAUUUAAAUUCUUGAGGAUUUACAAUUUUGCUGUAAUUGUCCUUUCUCUUGCUUACCAGUCUCCUUUCGUGGGGGCUUUUUGUGAGGGGAAGUGUGAAAUGGUAGGUUACAUCAGUGAAGUGAUUGGCUUUUAUAAAUAUGAUUAUGGGUUUCGAAUUACAUCACGAUCUGCCCUUGUUGAGAUUAUCAUAUUUAUGCUGGUAUCACUUCAGUCUUUUAUGUUUUCAUCCAAGGAGUUUGAUUAUGUGUCAAAAUAUCUUGAGGCAGAGCAGAUUAGUGCUUUGGUGUAUGAGCAACAGCAGAGGGCCGCCUGGAAGACUGCACAGUUGCAACACAUACGCACAACUCAAGAGCAGAAGCGCAUGCGAAAUUCACAAGUCGAAAAGAUCAAAUCAGAGAUGCUCAACCUUCAAACUAAGCUCUACAGUACCAGCACCACUCCGAAUUGUGAUAAAACUAAACUUGAAGGUGAAGGAACUAGAAGUCAGAACCCUUCUCUAAAUUCAAAUCUGCAACAGGGUAUGCUGGCAAAAGAGGGCAUUAUUGACAAGAAACAGGAUCUUAAUCUGAGCUCUGAUUUUGUGCCUCCUUUCAAUAUCAAUGAAUCACCUGGAUAUGAAACUGCAGCAGAUUCUAGUAAGCAACCAGUGGAUUUCAUGGUUGAGAUAAGUGAAAUAAAGGAGAAAGCUGCUGUUACUGAGUUCUGGGGUUCAGGUGCAAGACAACAGGAAAAAUCUCAGACAAAUGAAAAUCCACUAAUUUCAGCCAUCCACCUGAUAGGUGAUGGAGUUUCACAAGUUCAAACGCUUGGUAGCAUGGCUGUUACACAACUUGUGAGUUUCUUGAACAUAGAACAUGAACAACUAGAUUUGAAUGAUUCCACAGAUGAUGAGGUCUUUUAUGAGAUGGAGAAUCUGAGUUUUGGCUAUCAACAUAUGGACCGAACAUCUGCUAUGCUAUCUGGCAGCGAGCGUACUGAAUCUGAUGUUGCCUUCCUACAAAUUGGUAUUAUUUUCCGCUACAUGUGGGCGCAAAUGAGAUCAAAUAAUGAUGUUGUUUGUUAUUGUUGCUUUGUUUUGAUAUUUCUGUGGAAUUUUGGUCUGCUUUCGAUGGUUUAUCCUGCAACUCUCUUCUUAUAUGCUCUAUGUGUAAAUACUGGUCCUGGUAACCUGUUCUGGGUUAUCAUGUUAAUUUACACAGAAGCUUGCAUUCUGUUUCAGUAUGUAUAUCAAAUCAUUAUCCAACAUUGUGGGAUCACUUUUGAGGCAAUCUUACUUCAGGAAUUAGGAUUUCCAGCACAGAAGAUCACGUCAUCUUUUGUAAUCAGCAAUUGGCCUCUUUUCUUAGUCUAUUUGUUUACUCUCUUACAAUCCUCCAUAACUGCAAGAGAUAGUGAAUGGGGAGUGAUUGGAGAGUACAGCUUCCACGAGAGAAGAAGUGAUUGCCAGGAAGAGGGAGCAGAAACUCCACCUUAUUUUGUGCAACUGUCCAUGGAAGUAAAUUUGUGGCCUGAGGAUGGCAUUCAACCUCAGAAAAUUGAAUUGAAAAUAAACAAGUUGCUAAAGAUCAUGAACAACAGAAGAUACAAGGAGGAGUCAAAUCAUUUUGGCUCUGCAAGUAAGAUUCGCGUUCAAAGCAUUGAAAGAAGUCCAGAGAAUGCCAAUGUGGCUCUGGUUGUUCUUGAGGUUUUAUAUGCCUCUACCUCAAGAAAACCUUACCGUAUAGAAUGGCUACAGUCACUAACUCCAGCAGCUGAUGUUACCAGUGAGAUUCUAGAAGCUCAACGUGCUGGUAUUUUUAAUGAAAUAGGAUUCCCUUAUGUGAUACUCUCUGUGGUUGGUGGGGGGAAAAAGGAUAUCGAUCUAUAUGCAUACAUAUUCUGAAAAGUUAUCUUUUAUCUUUUCAGCCUUGUCCUCUUCACAGAUUCUGUUAUAGAAUACGCAUGGUACAUGGAGCCUUCACAUAAAUACGCCGGAAAAUUAGCCCUCCGUGCUAUUUAUUUAAUGAAGGCAAUUUCUCUGGCUCUUCAGGCAAUACAAAUCCGUUUUGGGAUUCCGCAUGAAAGCAAUCUGUACAGGCAGUUUUUAACAAGCAGCAUUUCACAAACUAACUAUUUGGCUUUCCGUCUCUACCGUGCUCUUCCAUUCCUCUAUGAGCUUCGAUGUGUACUUGAUUGGUCUUGUACAACUACAUCUUUGACUAUGUAUGACUGGUUGAAGUUGGAGGAUAUUCAUGCAAGCCUUUUUCUUGUCAAAUGUGAUGUGAAUCUGAAUAGAGCCGGACACAAACAAGGAGAAAAGCAGACAAAAAGGACUAAAUUUUACAACGGGAUUUGCCUAUUCUUCAUAAUGUUAUGUGUUAUAUGGACUCCCAUGCUGAUGUACAGCAGUGGAAACCCAACCAAUAUUGCAAAUCCCAUAAAAGAUGCCAGUGUUCGGAUAUCAAUAGGAACACGCAGUGGAAGGCUUACAUUGUAUGAGACUACGUUAUGUGAAAAGAUUCCAGGGGAUAUUGUUGCAUCUAAUAUUGAUCCUGAUGGUUACUUAAGCAAUUACAAUGAGAACGAUAUUCAAUUAAUUUGCUGCCAAACAGAUGCAAGCAAGUUGUGGAUUGUUCCCCCGGUUGUCCAGGCCAGAUAUAUUAAAUCUCUCAACUGGAACAUGGACAUUAUCUUCUCUUGGCAAUUCACAAGGGAUAGACCCAAAGGGAAGGAAGUUGUAAAAUAUGACCUGUUUGUUCAGGAUCAGUAUCUUCCAAGUUCACUAGAUGUGAUUAAUGUGCUUAAUGGUACUGCAGAUAGUUUCAAGAUAUUUAAUGUUUAUCCAAGAUACUUCCGGCUCACUGGUUCUGGUGAUGUGCGGUUUAUUGAACAGGCGGAUGAUCUGGUUAAUGGGAAUGUUGUUCUCAAUCGUGGCAGUCAAGAGUGGUGGUCUUUCUACGACAUGGAUGCAUCCAAUGAAACUGGAUGUGGUGAGUUUAAGGGACCUAUGGCCAUUAUUGUAUCUGAGGAAACACCACAGGGCAUUCUUGGUGAAACACUAAGCAAGUUCAGCAUUUGGGGUCUCUACCUAACCUUUGUCCUAGCAGUUGGCCGUUUCAUCAGACUACAAUUUUCUGACCUGAGAAUGCGAAUACCAUAUGAGAACCUUCCUUCAUGUGACAGGUUGCUUGCAAUAUGCGAGGAUAUAUAUUCUGCAAGAGCAGAGGGGGAACUUGAAGUUGAAGAGGUCCUCUACUGGACACUCGUGAAAAUUUAUCGAUCCCCACAUAUGAUGUUUGAGUACACCAAGCCAGACUAGAUCAUGUCUGCAACAUGCUGUCCUUACCAGCUAAACGUUAUGACCUGACAUGGACAUGAUGCAAACAAGUGGACAUGUAACUUUGGUCAUUGGUUCUGCAGCGCUGGCCAUUCUGAUUCCACCGGGGAGAGUAUUAUUGUUCCUAACUUCAUAUACUUUCAUUCGUUUUCUCCUCAUCCCUAGAAUCCUCCUAAAGUACAUGCUGUCAGCAUGUAUAGAGACACAUACAAGAGAGAUUUGAAGAUGGUCUGAGUUGUAUAAUGAAUAUGAAUUAUAGCA